AUGGUGAAACCUAUUCUUGAUCAAGCUUAUGGUUACUGCUAUAUUAUGGUGUUGGGCGCUGCUUUUGCAGGCCUCAUGAUCUUAAUUACUAGAAUGUUAUCUAAAUUUGUUGGUGAGCGUCAAAACUCCGAACAUUUCUCUACUGCAUCUAGAUCCAUUAAAACUGGUCUCAUUGCCUCUGCUGUUGUUAGUAGUUGGACAUGGCCUGGUACUCUUUUGACUAGCAGUGGUAUGACCUACAAUUAUGGUAUUUGUGGUGGUGCAUGGUACGCUUUCGCAUUUACUAUCCAAAUUACUUUUUUUGCGGUUUUGGCUUUGGAAAUAAAGAAGAAAGCACCAGGAGCGCAUACCAUUCUAGAAAUCGUAAAAGCCAGAUUUGGGACAUCUGCUCAUUGUGUGAUGAUGUUUUAUGCUUUGGGUACCAGUGUUAUUAUCGCUGCGAUGUUGCUUUUGGGUGGUUGUCAAGCCAUAGCUGCUGUUACUGGUAUGCACAUUGUUGCAGCUGCUAUGUUAUUGCCAGUAGGUGUUUGGGCAUAUACCGUAACUGGUGGCUUGAAAUCCACGUUCCUUAGUGAUUGGAUACAUUCUGUUAUUAUCUACUUAAUCGUUUUGAUUACUAUAUUUACAACUUAUACAUCAUCAGAAAAGAUUGGCUCAAUUGACAAGAUGUAUGAAUUGAUUACUAAAGUUGGCGAAACUCACCCAUCUGCAGGUUAUAAAGGAAGUUACUUGACUUGGACAAAUAAACUGGCCGUGUUUAAUGGUUGGAACAUCGUGGUUGGUGGCUUUUCAACUGUUUUCUGUGAUCCUGCAUACUCUCAGAAGGCAAUUGCUGCUAGACCUAAAAGUAGUAUGGUUGGUUACUUCAUCGGUGGCCUUUGUUGGUUAGUCAUUCCUCUUGCACUUUCUUGUUGUACGGCACUUUCUAACUUGGCAUUGAUUGAUGAUCCAGACUCACCAACUUAUCCGAAUGCUGUCCCAACAGAAUAUGUAAAUGAAGGUAUCCCAAUGCUUUAUGGUAUAUAUAUGAUAUUAGGAAAAUCUGGAGCAGCUGCUGGUUUAUUGAUGGUGUGGCUAGCAGGCACCAGUGCAUCAAGUAGUGAAAUGAUUGGUGUAUCCUCCGUUUUCACGUAUGACAUUUAUCGUUCUUAUUUUAGACCAAACGCAAGUGGAAAAGAAUUGGUGAAUGUUUCUCACAUUACUGUCACUGUUUUUGCUGUUGCGAUGGGUGGUUUGACCGUCUUAUUCAAUUAUAUUGGGAUCACAAUAUCUUGGAUUAUCAGUUUCAUCGGUAUUAUUCUUGGACCAGGAGUUUUUGCUUUUAUUUUAACUCUCUUUUGGAAAAAAAUGACUAAAUUUUCAAUUGUUAUUGGUCCUCCAAUGGCAACUAUUAUUGCUUUAAUUGGCUGGUGUACCUCUGCAAAGUCUUUAUAUGGUGCUGUCAAUAAGGAUACCUUAGGUGAGCAGUAUUCUUGUGCUGUCGGAAACUUUAUAGCAUUGUUUGGCUCGCUAAUUUUUAUUAUUUUAAUCAGCUAUGUGAAACCAGAUCCUCAACCAUAUGACUUCAGUGAGCUUGAUAGUCAUUUUAUUGUUGGUGAUGAUGCUACUGCUGAGGAAGCAAAAGCCAUGAAGAAUGAGGAUGAGAAAGUUAAUAAAGAGUUAGAAACAUAUUCUAAACUUGCCCAGUAUCUCUCCUGGGGACUCUUUUUCAUUCUUAUUUUUAUUAUCCCAAUGCCCAUGUAUGCUCAAAAUUACAUUUACAGUAAAGAGUUUUUUAGGGGCUGGAUCAUUAUUAUAAUGAUUUGGUUGAUAAUUGCUGCUACUUUUAUAAUUUUCUAUCCGAUCUAUGAGAGUAGGGAAGUUAUUUUUGAGCUCUUUCAAAUUUUUGCCGGAAAGAAAAAACCAGAUGCUGAGAGAAUAUCUACAAAACAACUUGAUGUUUCUGAAGCUGUUUCUGUGGAAAGAGUGUUAGUCAGUAAUGAGAAAAAGAAUUAUUCUUGA